UGUCACGUCAACUCGUCAACAAAUUAAACAAUAAAACGGUGUUGGUGACUUGGUGUUGGGUGUUGGUGUGUAUGGCCUUUAGUUCAGUACCGGUACUGUAAAAUAUACAUGUUUACAAUAAAAUUGUCAUGUAGCAUUUUAUAAAAUGGGAGUUAGAUGAACAAGUACGAGUAAAGUUAUUACUACAAUCAAGUUCUACAUAGGCCUUUACACACAUCCUGCUUAACAUAAUAUAAAUAAUAACUCCACAAUGGAUAGUGAUAAAUAUAUAGUUGAGAGUAUUAGACAAGACAUUGUUAAUGAAAAUCUAUCAAUAAAAGCGCUGAUACAGGAUAUUCAUCAAUGUUCCGGUCCUAUGGAACUCCUAGAUGAUCUAAAUACCGAAGGAAGAGCCAAGUUGGCCAAUUUAAGAAAUCACAUAGAGAGACUUGAAACUUUAGCAAAAGAAUGUUUAAACCUAGAAGAACGAAAAGAGUUGUUGGAAGAAGUAAAAAAUAACAGGGAACAGUUGACCAGCACUUAUGGAGCUUUCCGCAAGGCCAAUGUAGUUUGCAUGUUGGCCAUACAAAAAAUCAAUAAAGAACAACUGUUUAGUGGAAAUGAUGAGGAUUCUAUGUUAAGACACAGAUUGAAGAAGGACAAAGCUAGUCUGGUGAAGAUGUCGUCCAGUGUGACAGAGCAGCUAUUGUCUAUCAGUCGACAGCUAGCAGACACGACCCAGCAAAGCUCCAACACCCUGGACACUCUAGUGAACUCGUCUGGCAACGUGACUGGUACACAGCAAGAGUUGCGAGACACUGGAAGUGUCAUUACCCAAUCAGGGAAACUCCUUGCUAAGUAUGGGCGCCGGGAGUUCACUGACAAAUGCACCAUUCUUUUUGCUUUUGUAUUUUUUAUAGCUUGUGUAUUGUAUAUUGUACAAAAAAGGUUAUUUUGAAAAUAAUAAUUUUUAUUUACGAUUGUUAA